AUGCACAAAGUCGGAGAUCUCUACAGUUACCCCGGCGAAGUGCCGAACUCGCCGGCCGGCUCAGGCCCAGGUGGCUACGAGCACCUCCCGGCGGGCAGCUACCAGCACCAGGCCGCCGCGGCCGCCGUGGCCGCCGCCGCCGCCCUCGGACUCGACUCCCCCUACGGCAUGGUGGCCGGGCUCAACGGGCAUCACCUGGAAUACAGCCACCAAGACCUGAUGACGUCGGGCCAGCACGGACACGGCCACGGGCACAGCCACUUGCACCACACUGCCAACGGCGUGCAGCAAUUGGCGCACCUCGGCGCCGCCGCCGCUGCAGCAGCUGCUGCUGGCAUGACGUCUCAGGGCCCCGGCGCCACGUCGCUACUGCCGCCCGGAGCCGCCGCAGCGCUCAAGAAGAAGAAAGGGCGGCGGCCGCGGGGACUCAGCGGCAGCAGCAGCAAUGACGAGGGCUCGCCCACGCACUCGACGGACCUGGGCCCGAACUCGCUGCGACAGCGCAAGAGCCGCGAGGGAUCCACGACUUACUUGUGGGAAUUCCUUCUCAAGCUUCUACAGGACAAAGAUUGCUGUCCAAGGUAUAUCAAAUGGGCGAAUCGUGAAAAGGGGAUCUUCAAGCUGGUGGAUUCGAAAGCCGUGUCCAGACUAUGGGGUUUACAUAAGAACAAGCCCGACAUGAAUUACGAGACAAUGGGCAGAGCACUGAGGUACUACUACCAGCGUGGGAUCCUCGCCAAAGUGGACGGACAAAGACUGGUGUACCAGUUCGUGGACGUUCCCAAGGACAUUGUGGAGAUUGACUGCACGGGGGCGUGAUGAACCCGACGGAAGUUUCUUUCCGUCUUUUUCUUCAUCCCACGACGAGUAAAUGAAGAAAAGGGAAAACCAAACGAGCUCAAAGGAAAGCUUUCUCUGCAAAGAAAGGGGAUUUCAAAGUCCGGACGACGUGGACAACCGCGUACCGGAACUACAUCGCCGAACUCCCCUUUUUGCUCUUCUUCGGUUUGAUAUGUGUACCGCUCGGCGAAAAAAGAAAGAAAGGAAGAAAGAAAGAAGGAAUCACAUACAAUUGACGAAUCUCACCGAUAGGCUGCCAAAACGAGGUUUUGCAGUCGGCCGGGCCAAAUAACCCCGGCCUCUUUUUAUUCGGCCGAACUUUGUGCGGAGCAAAAUUUGGACGCUGGGGCAAAAGAAAAAAGAAAAGUGGAAUUGAGUCGAUGAGAUUUUAAGGAAAUGAAGGGGUAGAGCGGAAAGAAAAAGACGGGAUUUCGGCGUCGGCUUUUUUUUUUGUGCUCUCGGGAUUUUUUUAAAUGCACGUUUCCGUACCUGCGCAGAUCUUUUUCAUUCAAGAGUUUGUGUUUUAUGAAUAUUGAUGCGAGUUGCGAUUGUUGCGUGUGGAUUUUUUUUUUCGACGUGGGGACUGUCGAGAGUUAUUAUUAUUUUUUUCGUGAACAUCAUGAGAAUUUUAGCUAUAGACUAGCUAGUUUUCCUGUGCGGUUCGUCGAGUAAAUGCGCCCUGUAGUGAAACUUAGCGAGUUGGACAAUCUUCAGCAGCCCUUCAGAGUUUUCGAGCCGGUUUUUCUAUGAACGUUUUUUUUUUUGGGUUCGGGAAGACACAUGAGGACAUAGCUAGUCGUUUGUUUUUCAGAUUAUAUAAUUUUUGAGAUUUUAUUUGGAAUAUGUUGUGUUUUCAAGGAAAGCUUUCUUUUUCUUCCUCAAUUGUUCCUACGUUGAAUGCAAACCUCCGUCUUGUGAAACUGCCAGGAAGUUCAGGAAGUGUUUUUUUUUUCUUGAAUGACUUUGUUCACCGUCGAAAUUUUGUUUCUUUUUGGAUGCAAGAUUCACUGCCCGUCCCAUUGAUCUCGAGAGUUGACUCAAUUGCGUUAGCAAGGGGGUGGGUUUGGUUUUUAUUCCUCCUUUCUUCAAAGAUGAAAUUUCUUAGUUUAUUCGAAGGUGUAACUGUUGCUCCUUGGAAGAAUGAGAAUUCCGUUAUGUCUUUUUAUUUGAGUGGGACUGCGAAUCUGAACCACGUUUUUAAUGGGGACCACUGUUUUUCACGACUGAUCAAGCUCGGCGAAGCAGGAUUUGUAGAAUCGGAGUGACUAUCAGAUUCGUGUCAAACAAUUUUCUCAAUUAGCAAAAUAGUUCUCUGAAAUCUUUUGAGGGUUUUUGAAGCGUAAAAUAUUCUGAGAAAGCACUGCUGUAAUUUCUCUCUGCGAUCUUCGACCACCGUAUUUUUAUUUUUAUUUUGACUGUAUGGAUGAAUUCAGGUUACAGUAGAAAGUAAAUUUUUUUCGGGUGGAUAUAAGUUUCGGCUCUCCUUAUCAUCUUGGCAUUCAUGUCGGAAAUUUCUCUGCUUUUCGGUUGGCAAACCGUAACCCCGAAAUUGAAAUAAAUCAAAGCUCCGCAUUUUUAAGAUAUUGAAGCCGGAAACUAUUUUGCUGACGACUGAACAGGAACUUGCUGGUGCGGAAAACCAAAAUCCCUGUCUUCCAGUAGUUUUUUGCUGUUGAAAAAAGAAAGAAAAAUUGGCAGAGGCUUCGGUUCCGGCUAGAUUUUUUUCUUUUGUUUUCCCACAAGCGAGCUUUUAAACUGAAAAAUUCACGAGAUAAAUUUUAUCCGGUCUAUAUACUUUUUUGAACAAUACACACAAGGAAUGCUGGUUGUGACGAAGUUUGCGAGAGAUGGGAAACAAAAGAAUUUCAACCUAUUUAUUUUGAUCAACGCUGACGAAAGAGUAAACUAAUUUAUUACGGAACUUCAGACGCCUAAACGACGAAAAAAAAUCUCAGAAUUUCAAGAAAGCUGGACUGCUAAGGUAUAUAUUUUCUGGCUGAAGAAUUUUCAAAAUUAGCUCUCUUCGCGAUUGAUUGAUGAUUAUUACUGAGAAGUAAAAUUUUUGGGUUUCACAUUUAUGAAAGUUGUGUUUGUUUUUGUUUUUUUCCGGUCAACUCGUUUAGCGUGGAGACGAAAUUUUAUCUGUGGAGGGAUUAGACAUGUAUUCACGGAAUGGGAAAAUCUUUUUGGACGCGGUGCACCCGUUUCAUUCUCUGUGUGUCUUUCAUAUUUUUCAAAUCGUAAAUGGAAAAUGAGAUGCGACACUUGAAAAGAAAGAGCGAAAUCUGGGGUUUAUACAGUGCAGCAGAAGAUGCCUCGUGUAUCUGUCAGAGGACUACUUGACAACAAAAAUCGGGUUCCUUUUCACUCUGCGUGUGUGUUGUUCGUAAAACUCGUGAUGUUUUAUACGUUUUUCUUACCCCCACCUUCUCAUUUUCCAUCGCGUGCAAUUUGGUCUCCCUUUGCUUCGAUUCCCGGCGCUGAAGCGCAAAAAUUUAUUUAUUUUGAUUAUUUUUACCCCCAACUUUGAAAUCAGCUGUUCGCGCCCCGGACGAAAUUUCUAUUCUGGCUUUUUGGACUCGAGUCCUUUUUUUCAGAAUAAGACUUGACCCAUUUGUCGUGUCAGACCCUGGUUUGUGUCUCUCAUGUGGCGUUGUGUGAUUUUCAACGUGCUGCGUUUCUCCGGGUGCGAAUCGGGGACCCCGAGAUUUAGCGAGCGUCCCUCACACACUGCACACGUGCGCGAACGUUAGCAAGAACCCUGUAAUUGUUCUGUGCCCGCGUUUGUUUUUAUUUUGCCUAAUUGUCUCGCUGGAGAGAGGAAAGAGAUUUUGAUGACGUGGAAUGCCAAUAAAUUGGACUUUGGAAAUUCAA